UGCCCAGUUCAACACAUUAGUCCCCUGAAGAAGAAAAAAAGGAAACGAGAACAGGAAGACGAUCGAACGUGAUUUCGGCCGCGAUGGAAGAAGCUUUACUGUAGUUUCCCAAACAUCAGCUGACCCCACCCAAACCCCUUACCACCACAAAUGCCAUUAUGAAGAGACUAGAGACUUUGUGUAUAGACCUUCAUAUGUCGUAAGGCUACAGGCGAGAACAGAGGAGCACCUGUGUUUGCUGUGAGUCAGUAACGUUACUAAACAUGGAUGAUAAACAGUGAGUAGGCUUAACUAGAUUACAUUCGACCCGACAUGGACAGGAAGCGCCCUAAACUGCUCAUCCUAAGGAGAGACACAGUAGAGGGUAGGAUGGUGGCACGACACAUUGCUCUGGAGGAGGACACACCCCUGAGCCACGCGGCCAAUCAGGCUCCGGACCUCGGAGAGGGAGCCAAUCAGGGAGACCAGGCCGGGGCUGAAGAAGAGACCCUUGGUGAAGAGGCGCUGAUCCAGCUGGAGAGCGACAUGCUCCCUCUAGGAGCAGAGGUCCAGAUGCACACGGUCUCCAGUGAACGACUGGUUUUGGCCCAUGGGACAAGGGAAGGAGGGGGGUGUCUGGACGGGCCGCCUGGAGCCUGGUCUGAGCCCCUGGGGGAGGACGACAUUGACGAUGGGGAAGAGAUGGAGGAGCGUGAUAAUGAACAGAGACCGGCUCCUAAACGCAGGUGGAGGUGGAAGGUUCCGGUACAGGCUGACGACGACUGGGAAGAUUGCUCCUCUUUAGGACCGGGCUGGAAACGCAGAGUGGUGUUCCGACGCUCAACCACCCUGCCCGCUAAGAGGAAGUGGGACACAUACUACUGCAGUCCUUGUGGGGACCGCAUGAGAAGCAAGGUUGAACUGACCAAAUACCUCCGUGGUGGCAUGGACCUCUCUCGUUUUGACUUCCAGUCAGGACUCUUCUUGGAUGAGAAGAGCAGGUUGAAGCAUUUGAACCACUUGGAGGAAGUUCACUCCUCUAGUACGAGCACCUCCAGGGCUGGUACCCCUAUGACCGACACCCCCAGGACAGGCACUCCAGACCUGGACCGGAACCACACCCCCGAUGGCUUCCCUGGAACUCCCCAGCGCACACCACAGAGUCAGGCCAGCUUCCCGCACAUCACACAGUCCCCCACUGCUGUUAUCCACAACAGCCUCCCCACCACCCCUAAGCCAUCCCUGGCCAGUGGCUCCCCCUCUCUCCGUCUGGAGCAGAUCUCCCCACAGAGACUCAGUGCCGUGGCCUCUUCAAGCCGAGACGCGGUAAUCCCUCAUCUGUCUCAGUCUCUCCUGCCUCUCAGCCCGACCAACAACCAGCUCCUUCAGUCAGGACUACAACCACCUAGCCCAACCAAGAAUCCACUCUCUCAAUUAGGACUACAAACCCCAGAGAGGCACAGGAAGGUAGUAGUGAUCCAUAGGCCGGAUGUGGAUCUGGACCCAAUCACCUCCCCUCCCCCUCAGCACCGUUCCCUGGUAACCCAGUGGACCCAACAGUGGAGUGGAUCUAAUAUUGUGCUGAAUGGACACAGAGAAAUGGACACAGAGAAACCAACUUGUACAGGUAGACGUGGACAGGCAGAGUCAGUGGAAGUAACGUCCCUUAGGCCAGACUCCUACGGUGAGAGGAUUCAGCAGAUGAAAACAGCCAAUGACAAAGAUGCUGAGAAGAAACAGUCCCCAAGUAUUGUGUUCAGAAAGGUGGGAGGGGAUAAAUGGGUUCUAGGGGGGAAACAACUGGAGUUCAAAGAAGAGGAAUUCGGCAACAGCGGCACGACUCCACUUUACACUAAGAUGAAGCGUAAGCGGUUUGGACACAAAUCAACCAAGGUCACCAGGAGACCUAGUAUAUCGAGAAAAGCCAAGAUGAAAGAAUCUGUGAAAGAACUGGAAGAAGAGGAGGAAGAGGAGGAGGAAGAAGAGGAGGAGGAGGAAGAAGAAGAAGUAGAAGAAAAGCCACAGAAGAAGAUGAGGACUCCUCAACAGAAGGUUAAAGAGGAAGAAAAACAAGAGUUGAAACCACAGAGAAAGAAGGUACGGGUGAAAGAGAAGGAGGAGGAAGUAGAGUGGAAGCCAGAGAAAAUUGUGUAUAACCACAGCGAGGGAAGUGACUCUGAAGAGCCCCCGCAUGAACCGACUAACAUCUCACGUAUAACGGGUAAAUUGAAGAAGCGUACUCAGGGCUGUGGUCAGUGUGCUCCCUGUCAGCGUACAGAUUGUGGUAAAUGUGUCUACUGCCUGGACAAGCCCAAGAACGGCGGGGCCAACAAAAAGAAACAGAAGUGCAAGUACCGCCGCUGUCUUAAUAUGCCCACCAAAAGGGACCUAAUGGGAAGCUUUUUUAAGAAACACCUGACAGAAGACCCAGGUGGCCAGAGUGUUCCCAUUGGACUAGGAAGUGUACUUCCAGGAAGUGUACUUCCAGGAACUGUAGUAGGACGUGGAGCAGGAUAUGUACUAUUAGGAAGGACACUUUCAAAAUGGCGUAUGGUAAAACCAGGAAGUGGAUCAACAGCUGGGACAGGGAGGGGACGUGGUCGGCCCCCUAAACACUUCACCAAACGGAGGAGACGAGUAUGGAGCCAGGUCUCCUCGAGUGAUACGACAGAGACGGACGAGACUGAGGAGGAAGAGGAACCAGUCUACACCGUUACCAACCAGUCGUUGGAGCACAGCCCUGGGGGAGAGGAUGGAGAAGGAUGGGCGGAACUACAGGAGUAUGACGACGACGUGCCUGAACAAAUACCUCAGAUGUCUCCAUCCUAUAUGCCUGUAAACCCCAGUAGUGGUGUAUCUGGGUCAGAGGAACCCUACCCCAGCAGCUGUGUUCAGCCCUACCCGCAGAGCUGUUACCAGGGCGACCAUGGCAACCUCCAGUUCAUCAGGAUGAACGGCAACCAAAUUACCAUCACCCCUGGCCCCAGCCUCGCUUCUCAGGUAGCCUCCGCAGUCCUGGAACCUGCAGUUGAACCCCUGUCAGUUAACUACAUGACAUCUGAACCAACAGCUGUGCAGCAACUAGGUCCACCUCUGCACCAGCCCCUUACUGAGCCCUCGUCACCGUACAGUAUGAGCAGGACAGAGACGGCCCCGCUGGACUACACCGAGGAGGAACAGCUAGUAGAGCUGUACGCCGAGAUACCUCGAACCGUCAUCCAUCUCGGACCACCUGACCUGCCAGAGGUCACGGGGUCAAAGGUCAUGCCUGGGUUGACCACCGAGGUCAUCCAUGAUGUCACUCUUGAUGAUGUCACUCCAGAGAUCACAGAGACCUUCAGUCUGGCCGACGUCAGCGAGUCCUGUCGUGACGAGAGGGAGGCAGCUCUUUUUGGGUUCCUGAGGGCCCUGCGCCGCACGGUGCUACCAGCCCACUGGGUAGGGGUCAUGGCCAGGGGACCUCUAAUACAACUCCUCCAGUGCUCUAAACUCUCUACCAUGGCUGACACAGUUCUCCAGAUCCAACCUGGCUUCUGCUUCCAGGUGACGGUACAGGGCCAGCCCCUGCUGCUGACCCACCCCCUGUAUGAGGUCCACCCUCCCCACCUCGGAACCAUCACCCAGCUGGUGACUCUGCUGCUGGAUCUGGAGAGCCUGAUGGUCUGCCCCGGCUUCCCCGUCAGGCUGCCCGCCCUGGGGGACAGGGGCAUGGAGGUGAUGGAGCCGGUUCUUUGUGUGAGGGCGGCCAUCUGUGAACUGCUGGUCCCCCUGGAGGAGGAGAGGUGUGAGAGGUGUCGAGACAACAUUGUGGAGGAGGACCUGGAACUUAGAGAGGAGGAGGACCUGGAACUUCUAGAGGAGGAGGAGGACCUGGAAUUUGAGCUGGAGUUGGGGGAGGAUGGGUGGGUGUGACUGGAGUGGGUUUGAACCCCCGGGACAAGACUGUGUUAGCCUGCUGAGCUAAAUCCUAAACUUGUGUUAGCCCACCAAGCCAUAACUCUAGGCAGGUUUACUUGUUAUGCAAGUGUGGUUCACGGAACCAACUAAAUACAGGGACCCAAGGCCAGGUUGCUCAUCAUACCAGCUCGGUUCACCGUACAGGACUUUGUUUUUGGAGAGCCAGGACGUGGAUUGGUCUCCAACCAACGCAGAAGUGCCUGCGUGUGAUUGACAUUUCAAUUUGGUGCUUUUAGAAAUAGAAUGGCUAGAAAAGCAUUCUAUUCAUUGUAUUUCUAUGACUAGAAUUUUUACUUUACUUAUGGACAUGACUGAAAAAAUGUCUUCCGACACAUCACUGGUAGUUUACCAUUAGAUCAGGCAGACCAGUACUGCUUUUUACUUCUGCAUUUGACACUUAAUGCAUUAAUUGGCAUUAAAACAAAUGAAAGUUCUCAACAACUGGGAUAUCAACAUGACUACUUGUCUUUGGUUUCUGGACCGGCUGUUUGUUUUUUUAAAAACAUUUGUUUAUCAGUCAUCACUGUAUUUCAUAGACUACGUAACACUAGUAGCAAUGUGUGUAUGGAAGAUUGGCUGCUUAACGUUAAUUUAUGAUCUAGUAACGUUAUACAUACAAUACCAGUCAACAGUUUGGACACACCUACUCAUUCAAGGGUUUUUUUUCUUUAUUUGUGAAGUGUUCUACAUUGUAGAAUAAUAGUGAAGACAUCAAAUCAAUGAAAUGAACACAUAUGGAAUCAUGUAGUAACCAAAAAACUGUUUAACAACUCAAAAUGUGUUUAAUGUUUGAGAUUCGUCAAAGUAGCCUCCCUUUGCCUUGAUGACAGCUUUGCACGCAGAUCACCCCUACUUGUCAUAAUAUGGACUUGGUCUUUUACCAAAUAGGGCUAUCUUCUGUAUACCACCCCUACCUUUUCACGACACAACUGAUUGGCUAAAACGCAUUAAGAAGGAAAGAAAUUCCACAAAUUAACUUUUACCAAGGCACACCUGUUAAUUGAAAUGCAUUCCAGGUGACUACCUCAUCAAGCUGGUUGAGAGAAUGCCAAGAGUGUGCAAAGCUGUCAUCAAGGCCAAUGGUGGCUACUUUGAAGAAUAUAAAAUAUAUUUUAAUUUGUUUAACACGUUUUUGGUUACUACAUGACUCCAUAUGUGUUCAUUUCAUAGUUUUGAUGUCUUCACUAUUAUUCUACAAUGUCGAACAUUUUACAAAAUAAAGAAAAACCCUUUUGAAAGAGUAAUUGUGUCCAAACGUUUGACUGUAUCAACGUGUGUAUGGAAGAAUGUCUGCUUAACGUUGGGACUACAUACUCUGUUCAUUUAAAAAGGUUCAUAAUGGAACUUCUGAUAUCUUCCUGUUGCAGGAACAUUUUUUGGGGCGCAUUUUAAGUAUGGAACUAGCUAGUUUGUUUCGUCUUUUCAAGAACUGUGAACUGCCACAGUGACGUUACCAAGUAGAGGAUACUGCUGCUUUAUCCCUUUUCAGGUUAACUUUCACAUUAACAACGGCAUUAUACUUGCUUUUCUGGUUCAAAGUUCAGUUAUUUUAAUAUUUCUGGUUCUAUUUUCAGAGUUCUAUUAUUUCUGGUUCUAUUUUCAGAGUUCUAUUAUUUCUGGUUCUAUUUUCAGAGUUCUAUUAUUUCUGGUUCUAUUUUCAGAGUUCUAUUAUGUCUGGUUCUAUAUGUGAAUUCAAAAUGCAUUUAUUGUAAUACAUUUUAUAGAACUAGACCAUCACUAUCUACUCGCCCCAGCUGACUGAACCAAAGUGCUCACAGGCUGGCUUACCAUUUGCUCCCAAUAUUUCCCGAGACAGUUGUAGUGUUGGAAUGAAGGUCUGUGUCGGUAAGAAAUGCUUUUGAUUAUGUCUGUAUGUUAUGGACUGGAUAGUCAGUGAGAAGUGAGACGUUGAGCACAAUCAGAAUCUGUUGCAAAUGUAACGCUGUACCCCCUGGACUGACCCCUACAGACAUGUCAUAUAGUCCUGUUGACCCCUGGACUGACCCCUACAGACAUGUAAUAUAGUCCUGUUGACCCCUGGACUGACCCCUACAGACAUGUCAUUUAGUCCUGUUGACCCCUGGACUGACCCCUACAGACAUGUCAUUUAGUCCUGUUGACCCCUGGACUGACCCCUACAGACAUGUCAUUUAGUCCUGUUGACCCCUGGACUGACCCCUACAGACAUGUCAUUUAGUCCUGUUGACCCCUGGACUGACCCCUACAGACAUGUCAUUUAGUCCUGUUGAUCCCUGGACUGACCCCUACAGACAACCAAUCACCUUUUUUUAUGUUCACGUGGAACUGUUCUCUUGGCUUUGUUAAAUAAAAUGUUUUCAAAGAUGUUAUAUGUUGUUCACAGGAACAACAUGCUCCGACAA